GGGUCGCAGCCGGAACCGGUUCCGUAUUUAAGACUCAGCCGGAGGAUGGUGCUGCGUCAGUUGACACUGGAGCGGUCCGCAGGUCGCAGGUCUCGCCGCAGCUCUACCCGAAACAUGCAUCUCGUUGUGUUCGCCGCCCUGGCCGCCCUGGCCGCCGCCGCGCCUCAGGCUCAGUUCGAUGAGUACGGCAAUGUCAUCGAGCAGAAGCAGCCGGAGAUUCGCAUUGUUAACCAGUACUUCGAACAAGACGGCAAGGGCAACUACGAGUAUGGUUACGAGCAGGACAACGGACAGAAGGUGGAGGAGGUGGGCCGCAGCUACCCUGGCUCGGAGCCGGAGACGGGCAGCAUCAGCAAGGAGGGCAGCUUCGAGUACGUCGGACCCGACCAGCGGACGUACCGCGUUGACUAUCGCGCCGACGAAGGCGGCUUCCAGCCUGAGGCUGACCACCUGCCCGUGGGGCCCGACCAGAUCCCCGAGUACGAGCAGCUGCGCCAGGAGCACCCCGAGCUCUUCGUCGGCGCCUUCUGGCUCAACAACUAGGCCGGCUGAUGGCGGCCGGCGCUGACGGAGGGACGGGCGAGAGGAGCGCGCCGGUGGCGGCUGCCCGGAAGUGGGAGUGAGACGCGGGCCGCCGCGACCGUGGCCUCCAGCCUAGCGCUGGCGAGGGCGCGGCAGUCGGAGGAGCCGCCGUGUGCGAGAGCGCACGGACGGACGGAACAUAUCAGUUGGAACUUUGAUGCGAUGAUGAGGCGUUCGUCUUAAAUAAUACAGAUUAUUUUCUCCACUC